AGCCAUUCUGGCUCAAACUUCGCCUCAACUCGCUGCAUCGCCGAGCGCCCGCAUCGGCGCGGUGCCCAGUGGAGCGCGCUGAGACGCAGGAGCGCCUGCCGCGAACGAGCAUGGAAUUGUUUUCCCUGGGGGGGGACGUGGAGCGUGCCCUUUUCGUGGCUGGCUGCGCUUACCUGUUCCUCGGCGCUUGCUCGCUGCUCUGGUGGGGCGGGCUGUCCGCGUGGUCAGGCGGGCCGGGGCAGUGGCUGCUGCAGCGCAUGGUGGUGCCGUUGAGGCGGGCUCGAGGAACUCUCGAGCCUGGCUGGGACGAGGGCGUGAACUCCGAUGUGCAGCAUGCGGCGCAGGAGCUUCAAAGGAGAAAGGUCGCCUUGACCAAGGCAUUGCUGCCCUACGCGCAUUGCGCGGGCGUGGUCGUCAUCGCGGCCAUGUGGUGGGGGGGCACCUUGCCAACGUCGUUUGCGCAGAACUGCAGCGCACUCGUAAACGCCAUACUUGUGAUGUUUCUGUACGUCUUUCCGACCGUCCUCACGCGAGACUCUGCCGACUGGGUAUACUCGGCGAUGAUGGCUGUCCUGAGCGCCACGGUAUGGCCUAUCGCCGUUUCUGCCGACACGAUCUUGGUGCACGCCAGUGGCACAUGGGUCAUCGCUCUUGGUUUUAGCAUCGGUUUUUUGAAACCAUGGCUUAAUGCGAUCUGGAUAUUCGUCAUUAACAUGAUACUUUGCCUCUCUUUUGCUGCUAAUGAGCGAAACAGUGACGGUUGCGCUCGGGCAGAUCCUCUGAGAGGCUCGCUGCAACUCUUAACACUCUCCGUCGUCAUUGUGCUGUGCUUGUUUGCUGUCGACAAGCUGUUGCAUCAGAUGACGCAGCUGGAGCUUGAGGUGCAGUCCUCGCGCAACGAGCUAGCCGCUGCCCAGUCCGUGCUGCGGAGCGUAUGCGACGUUGUCGUGGAGGUGGACGACGCGCUACGGCUCAGGAAGGAUUCGCCAGAAUUGCGCAACCUGCUGUUUCUCAACCAGCGCCGGUCCCUCCGGCAGGAGGACUUGCGCAGUUUCCUGGCGUCCGCCGAGGACUGUGCCAAGUUCGACGAGCAGAUGCGGGUAGCCACGGCUGCGGGGCAGCCCAGCGGCGAACCGCCUCGUCUGAGCGUUGCAUUCCACGUGUCUCUGAAGGAUAGCGCCAGGAUCACGCUGGAGGUGGAGGUGUUCGUGGUGCGGUUCCUCAACCGGGAGAACCAGCAGUCGCACCUCGUGGGCAUCCGCGAGCAGCAGUCCACGGAACGUACGGCGGAGCUCUUGAAGUCUAAGGGCAGGAUGGGGCCACUGUUCAUGAGCGGCAUGCUCUGCGAAGGGGCAGACGAGAGGGGUGAUGCAGACGAGCUCGUCCGCUCGUCCUCGUCCUCGUCCGCUGGGGCUCUCGAGGAUUCCAAGGUCAGCGCCUGGGUAGACCUGCUCAGCCCAGGAUGGAAGAUGACGAAUGUCACCGACGCGUUGCAGACGCACAUGAGGCUCACGGAGGAGGAGGUCGACUUCCUCCAUAUUGUAAAACACGACCAGCGGGAAAGGCUCAUCGAUUUCGCCCAGACUGUGCAUUUCCAUCGACAGGAUAGGGCCUCUCCCGCCACCUUUGGGGAGCCCAUCUUCUUGCGCUCGGCGUACAUGCGCCGCCUGAACCUCUGCCUCUGCGCGUCUCUGGAGCUGGAUUGGUGCCCCGACCCCAGCUCAACGCCGCAAGACAUGAAAGAGGUGGUUCGCAUGAGCCUCGGCGACAUUAGCUGGCGCAGCGACAGUCGGCGUGGGCCCCGCACGAGAGGCGAGCCCCGCCGGAGCCCCGGCGUCGUGGAGCCAUCCCUGCGCCCAGACGCCCCAACCCGCCUUCUUUAGGUCUCCGCUGCUGUCCCAUUCUUCCUGCAUAAUCUGGCGAUUAGGGCAUUGUUGUUUGUUUGCUGUUGUCCGCGCGCGCAGUCUUGAUCCCACGCAUUCGCGCGAUCAACCGCCUGAGACGUGCCGUCCAAAGUUGGCACGCGUGCGCUUUGCUUGGGGCGUGGAGUUUAUUGAACAAGGAG